CCCACCAGACUCUAUCUAGGGAACCAGGGUUGGACAGUGAGGAAGUUAGAAAGCCAAGAAAUAAAGAGUUGCUAUCUCCAAAAGCCCCAAUUCAAGAGAAGGAAGUGGGGCUCUAUCUAUCCUACUGCUGUCCAAACUUCCUUUAAAACAAAAGCCUUGAGGGGCAGAGUUGGAAAAAGAGUAAAGAGAAAGAGAGGAAGAAAAAGAGGGUAAUGGAGAAGAAGAGACAGAAGGAAGGAGAGGGAAAUAGGAAAGAGAUGGAAGUUUGAGAGAGACAAAGAGUGAGAAGAGAAAGGGGAAAGGGAGAAUGAGAAAUCACUGAGGGAGGAAGGAAGAGGGCCACACUGGGGACAGGAGGAAAGCUACAAAGGGGCAGAGGGACUGAAAAUGUAGACAAAUUGCUUGGCUGCAUGGCAGAGGGAAAGUAUUGGAUGAUCAGAUGUGUAUGGAAAGCUACUGGCUGAAUGAAUAAAUGCUGGGGGAAAUUCUGGACUUAGGAACUGGUCCCAAUCACUGUGUUUCCAAAGUAGGGUUACAGACGGAGUCACCCUCCAAAGACCUCAGGGGAUUCGAGGUACUUCAGGCCGAGGUGGAGGCAGAGAUGCCCAUUUUGAAGAGCCUGACGCUGGAACAAAGUGCACUUCUAUUGAAGGCCCUCCUUGGACUUCUGGGCCAGGCCAAAGCUCUGCAAGAGCUGGAAGACACGAUGAACCGAGCACUGGACCUUGAAGAGCCAGUGAUCCAAGGAUUCCUGGGGGGUCCUGGGGAUGCCAUUCUAGCCAAGCUGCAAGAUACCUCAGGAAAACUCAACCCUAAUCUAGCUGGGAGUUUUCUCUACCUGUUAGGAGCACUCCAAGAGCUGAGUGAAGAGCAACAACAACUGCUGGCCAUGUCAGUGGAGAAGAGAAUCCUUUCCCAACAGCUGGAGCUGAUGAAGACCAUCCUGGAUCAGAAUUUCAUUCGAACUGAAGUGGGACCAUUCCGUCUUCAUUGUGAGCUUCUCCAGAGCUUCCAAGGCGAGGAACUGACUGUGACCCAGGCCCUGAUAGGUCUCUGUGGCCUCAAUCUACAGGGUGAUGGUCCCCUUUUUGCCUGGGAGCCUGAUGCCCUGCCUCUCCUCUGUGCCCUCUAUGCUGCCCUCUCUGUUUUUCAAGUAUUAUCUAGAAACUCUUGGUUUGGCAGCCCCUUCACCCAAGUUCAUAAUACCUUGACACACUCAGGAAUAGGAAAAGGAGAGUGGAACUCAGGGACUAACCGUGGGGGGAUAAGGAAAAUGGAAUGGGACUUGGGGAACUGGAGGGAAGAGAGAAUCUGCCCUCCAUUCCCUGAGCUCAGCCUAGAUCUUGAAAGGUUCCACCUGGGGUCCACUUUGCAAGGUAAGGGCUUAGGGGAUCUGGCUUCCCCAGAGAGUAUGAAACUCAGGGCCUUCAAAGAAUCAGAGAGUUUUUCUUCAGUUAGCCAAGAAAUGGAAGAGAAUGUGAGCUCCCACACCAACUUGCUCAGUAAGGGGUUUGGCAAAGCUGGGAUGUUUCAGGGGAGAGACAGUCUAGAACUUUUGCCUGCAAGGGAAAACGUAAGGUCCUCAGUGUGUGGUCUAGAUGGUGACAAAGGCUUCUUCACCCAUUCAAGCCUGCUGAUGAAGGGAGGUCAGAGCCCAGAGAUGACAGCUAUGAAGGCUGAGACAGCAAUGGCUGCUGAGUUUGAUCUCCAUGCUCAGUCUCUACAAGCUGAACACCAUCUGCUAAGACAGAGGUUUCAGGGCAGCUUGGCUUCUAAAAUGGGUUUUGGGAUGGGGGGAAGACCCUCAAAAUUCUUCUAGAGACUGAGGUGAGAGUUAUAAGAGCUAUUGUCCAAGAAACAAAUUAUAGAAGGAAGUUUGAGGGAUAGCUCUGAAUCAGAAACCUGAAGGGAGGUGGGGGGUGAGGAAGGCCUCCUCUUUACCUAAAAAAUCCAAUUUCCUAAAGAAAGCACCAACUUCACAUAAAUCCUAUGGAGAUCUUACUCCUUUCUGUGUUAUUUCAUCAGCCAAUUAGCAUUUAUUAAGCACCUACUGGGUUCCAGGCACUGUGCUAAGGUCUAGGAAUGUAACGAAAUAAAAGACAGUACCUGAUUUCAGAGCUUAAAAUCUAAUGGGGUAGACAACAUGAAAAGAACUAGGUACAAGCAAGCCCAAUCCCAAUUAUAAUCAUCUCCCUGGAUUUUGGUGAGAAAAUGGUCUCUCUCUGCCAUUUUCCCCAAAUGUUUCUCUCACCUCACCUGGCAAAUGGUGUUUACCCCCAGAAAGAUGAACACAUGUAUGAGUAAGGUUUCUCAGGGUGCCACUGCUGCCACCUGCUGGGUACCCAUUUUUAUUUGGGUCAAUGCUGAGAACCUUCCCUAACCCCUUGGUUUUUCCUCUUAUUUUUUUCCUUUUUAUCUUUGCUUAUUAUGAGGGAGCAGAAACAUAAUAAACAAAUAAAUGAGAAAUUGCCAAAAAUAAAAGGAAAAAAUGAGCAA